UUGUCCAGUUUCGUUGGUUGACUUUUACCUGUGAGGUAGUUUCGGUUCGCUGGUGGGAAUAAGCAACAACAAACCCCCGGGUUCCGGUGCAGAGGUGAUCAGACUUUCCUUCCCCUCCCCGGCCCCGUGUGACUCCCACUGCGGAGCGUCGGUCGGGAUUUCUCCGGGAUUUGAGAGUCGGUGCGCAACAGCAAGCAAAGCAGGAGGCAGGUGCACGGGAGAGGACAGGACAGGGGGAGGAGGAGGGUUGCUUGUAUUUCCGUGAGAGUCGUUCACACCCGGCCAGUUAAUCAACUGGUUGGCGCCUCGGUGGUCCUUCUGCGUUAGUUUCAUUAGUAUGCGGCUGGAGUCCCCCGCCGACAUCCAGCCGGAGGACUGAUCGGCAGCCCUGAAGUCUCCUCCGUGCCUGCUAAGUGACUCCUCGCCCCGGGGAGGACGAGGAGGAGGAGGCAUCGACAGCAGCAGAAGCAGGACCCCGGCUUCUCCGCCUGUUGUGUGGAACACUUUCCCCGGACACAACAAGGACCUCCUCACCUUGUGGAUCAAGAAGAUGAUGGGCUUUCUGCGCCGGACAUUCAGCCGCCGUUCCAGGAGCCGCUUCCAGACGAGAGAGAGGGACGAGCGGGACGGUAAGGGGGGAGGAGGAGGGGGAGCAGGAGGGGUGACUGGGAACCCCCUGCUCCUGGCCCAUCAGCAGCAGGUCGUGCAUGCACCCGCCGUGGUCAGCGGCGGGGCGGUGGUGCACAUCCCUGCGGCCGGGACGGCGAGGACCACCAUCACCUGCCGGGUGCUGCUGCUGGACGGCUCGGAUGUCAAUGUGGAUUUGCCUAGUAAGUCCAAAGGCCAGGACCUUUUUGACCAGAUCAUGUAUCACAUAGAUCUGGUGGAGACGGACUACUUUGGGUUGCAGUACAUGGACACAGAACAAGUCUCCCAAUGGCUUGAUAUGUCCAAGAUUAUUAAGAAACAGAUCCGCGACGGGCCUCAUUACAGACUGUUCUUCAGAGUGAAAUUUUACUCUUCAGAGCCAAAUAACCUGCGAGAGGAAUUUACAAGAUAUCUGUUUGUGUUGCAGCUUCGACAAGAUAUUCUCUCUGCCAAAUUGAAAUGUCCGUAUGAUGUUGCAGUAGAGCUGGCGGCAUAUUGUUUACAAAGUGAGAUGGGAGACUGCGAUCCUUUGGAGCACUCUCCUGAGCUGGUUUCUGAGUUUCGUUUCAGUCCCAAACAGAGUGCGCCCAUGGAGGCUGACAUCUUUAGCAGGUGGUUGGACCUCAGGGGGAAGAGUCCGUCAGAAGCAGAGGUUUUGUUUCUCAACAAAUGCAAGUGGCUUGAACUUUACGGAGUAGAUAUGCACUUUGUCAAGGGCAGAGAUGGAGGAGAAUAUGCACUCGGUCUCACUCCUACUGGCAUUUUAGUAUUUGAAGGCUCUAACAAAAUUGGCCUGUUCUUUUGGCCCAAAAUCACCCGGCUGGACUUUAAGAAGAGUCGACUCACAUUGGUCGUUGGGGAGGACGACGAUCAGGGUCGGGAGCAGGAGCACACGUUCAUGUUCCAGCUGGCCAGCUCCAAGAUCUGCAAACACCUGUGGAAGUGCGCCGUGGAGAGCCACGCCUUCUUCCGGCUCCGCCAACCCACCGCAGGCAAGGACAGCCGGAGCGAUUUCACACGCCUUGGGUCUCGCUUCAGAUUCAGUGGUAAGACAGAGUACCAGGCCACUCAUGGAGGCAGAAUGAGGAGAGCAAGCACAUUCGAGAGACGGCCGAGCAAGAGAUACCCGUCCCGCACACAGUCCCUGGGCAAAGCUGCCAUUUCUCCAGGAAAGCCACAACAUAUCAGCUCUCACGCCAGUCCUGAUCCCAGCCUUCAUCGAUACCAGCACAACAUUCCUAUUGGCCACGAGCCGUGGCACCAGCCCCAUCCAGCUCUCACGCCUCCAGUUUACCUGCAGCCCUCGGGUCACACGCCAUCACACAGUUUCCCUCUGAGCGGUCCUGCUUCAGACCAUCAGUUCAGCGUGGAAGAGAAUGAGACAUCAUACUCUGGAAUGAUCCAUCACCAUCAUGGUCGCCACACACACAGCCACGACACGCUCUGCCACACACACACCAGGAACAAGCGUCGAGCUCCUCCCUGCCCUGCAGAUGAGUUGGACAUCUCUCAGUCUCUGCUCAAAGCUCUGGAGUCAGACAGUGAUUCUCCCCCCUGGCCUUCACUGCAGGUCAACAUGGACAACAAGGGCGAGGAGAAGCAGCUGUCUGAAAAGUCUCUCCACCCUCCUGCCUCCCCAGCAAUGCUUCCUGAUCAUCUUAAGUGUAACAUCCUCAAGGCCCAGAUGGAGGCAGCCUUCAGGAAGGAAGCUCCACCAACGCCCAGAGGGAAAAACUCAAAUGAGACCCACAUUGACAGGUAUCAGAGCUCUUCCCAAGAUUCAGCUGCAUCCAGUCUGACAGCAGACAAGAUGCCACAUCUGCAAGACCGCAACCUAACGCCAGAGAGGCUGCAGCCCAAAUCUAACACGAGUACCAACCGCAGAAAACGACUGGUCAGACAGUUCAGCUUUAACCAUGAGGAUGAAAAUAAUCUCCCAGAAGCACUCGCAGCUAUCUCCUCCCAGAGUACAGGGAAGUCAGGAUCAACCAACUCGUUGGACAGACAGAUACAGCCAUCCAUAUACCCACAGGUGGAAAAUAUGCCAGCGCUGGAGCUGAGUAGUCCAUGCCGUCCCUCUCCUUCGCCUUCUCCCCACCCCUCCCCUUCUUACUACCAUAGCUCCAUUCCUCGCCUGGCCCCUUACAUUGCUGCCCAUACUGACAGCGGAGAAGAAAUUAGGUUGGACAGAGAGAAGAUACUAAGAGCCCUCUUGAUGACGGAGCUCUGAUACAUUGACCCUUCGCGCAGCUGACCUGCCAUCUAAGUGAGGAAAGUGCAGAGGACCCAAAGGCGUGAGCUGCAAUCAACAUCUGUAUAUUUGAAUAAUACCUUCAGCAGUUAUAAAUAUAUAUUUGCAUAAAGGCAAUUUGCUUAAUUCUUACUUUAGGAGUAUGUUUCUUUAAAAUAAUUAAACUGAAACUGUAAAAACUAAGUGAAGUAGAAGAAAGUGGACUUGCACACAUUACAGACAAGCUACAGAUGUGAUUGGUGCUGCCUGCAUGGUGAAUGUUACAUGAUGAAAUAUUUAACUCAUUUGCUUUGGAGUUAUGUUCAACUUCUUUGUCCUCCUCACAUCAAUGUCCAUCUUGAUGCCUAAACUGUAUAUUGAUCUCUACACUUUAAAAAAUCACUUUUUUGAAAUGUGAAAAUACAUUAUAUGUUGAUUACAGAGCAGGCUUAGUUCCUUAUGUCAGAUAUCUAUUUUUCGGAUACAAUUGCAGUGUUUUAAGAAACUUCCUGAACAAAGCGUAUUGAAAGUGUAAGACCGGGUCGGUGUAGGAGAUGUUGAGGCUGGAUUGUACUGCAAGACUUUACAGCUGCAGCCUCAAUCCACCCACUAGAAGGAGACAAAUCUGCAGUCACAGCUGAGCACAUUGAGGUUUUUAUAUCACAGGUCAAAAUGCAAAACUGAUCUCGGAAAUCAUGUUCAAAUAAGCUAUUGUUGAAGCAAAACCGGGCUGCUCAACAACUUGGUUUCAGCCCCUAUUUUUGUCAUAACUACAUCUGUCGCGACUGAUGAUCUGCUGCUGUUCUGUAUGUGUUGAUUUUGUUUAUCUUAAUAAAGGACACAUUAUCAGUUUGAUAA